AUGACGCAGGAUUUGAAUUCCGCAGGAAUUUCUCGCGCGACUGCCAACACGCCGUACCUCGAGUUCGUCACUUAUGACCAAGUGUCCUAUCCUCACCAUCUCACCCGCAUCGUUCACACCUCGGACUUCAUCUACAGCGGACCCGCACUUGAAACGUCUUUUCGAAAGCAGGAGAGUAGCGAGGCUCAGCUGUUCAGCCUUGCCGCUGGAAAAGGCAUUUCUGGGACAUUCUCACCAGCCUUCCUCAACGCUUCUGGUAUAUCAGCAGAACCAACAGAGGACGCUGCUCUGUCCGAUUCUAUACAUGGAGAUUGUACCUACACGUCACCUCCAACCGGAGAUGCCCACCAAGUCAACUUGCAGGAUUGGGUCAGCAGGAAUCUGAGCGGACAGCACCUGGACACUACGUUCUGGGCGCCACUGGCGAGAUUCUUGGGGUAUGUCAACAAACGUUGGAUGGAAAAAGAAGAUGGCGGAGCUCAUGGGAAGAAGUGCUACGAACUUACUGUCAGAGCGAUCAAGUGGAGAUACGUCGAAGGGCCGGAAUCCACACUGCCCCUCUGGCACACUGAAUGGUGUUACCCUAGCAAGACACAGCAGCCGGAUACUCCGACUGCUGCUGAAGACCAUGACAAUGAGCCAAGGUCUCCUGUGUAUGAUUUUCAGUCAUAUUCGCCACCAAACAUCUUCAACACGGUGCACCCAAACGAUUCUCUCUUCCGAGACCUCCCCGGGACUCCUACAACCCCUUCUCCAACAACUCCACCCACGUAUCCUCAAGCUAGAGCGCCACCGAAAAUUCCGAUAUUGCCCGCCCCAUCUGCAUCGAAGAGUCGGCGCCGCAGCCUCCAGAUUGACGUUCUCCGUGCCAAUGUCCUGAAUACCAAGCAUGCUGGACAGCCUAUCGGUAGCGGCAGCCCUAAGACCCCGACCAGAGCCCGGCGUGGACCCCAUCACCCGACAACGAAGGCGCCAACUUCAGCACCGGCGGGUCAGCUUCAAUCCAAUGUGGAAAACAGUACUUCGCCAAGCGGCAAACAUGUCACUCGCCACCGUUUGGGCACCUCCAGCCCCGUCCGUGCACCCUCCACUCCUCGCCGGCACGACCCCCUCACUGACCAAGCCUCAUCUUCCCCGAUGCACAUGGGGCAGUCCACUCAUGAUGAAGCAAACGUGCACAGCGCACCGGCGAUCCGCAUAAUGGCUCCGCUUGCCGGCGAUGGAACGCUAUUCAUGGACGAGCCCUAUGCGCCGGCGGAAUUGGUGUGGAGUACAAUAGGAGACGACGUGGACCAUGCCGUACGUACGCCGAAGCAGGGGGAGCUGGUGGUUUGGAGUGUGGGAUGCGGCUACGAAGAGCAGGGGCCGGUUUACGCAGCUCCGCCGAUGGGGGUGUCUCAGAAGCCGGCCAUUAAGGGAGAGCUCGUUGGAGGGGACAGGGUGUUUGUGAGUCUGGUGAUUGGGACGGAAGAGCAAGUGCGUGAGCGGGGCAGCCGAUUUUGA